AACAAAAUGAUACAAAAGAUGAUGCGCAUAUAGCCUUAGAGGAAACUGAUCCUAGCUAUAAGCAAAACCUUCAGCUUCCAGUUUCAGCAGAAUUAGCUAUAACAAAUAACAGCUCAGAUAAACAAAUACAAGUAACAAUCCAAGAAGAUCUCUUACCAAAUACAGAAAUGCUACCAAGAGAUGAACUUGCCAUUUAUGGCUAUGGAACAUCACAUCCAUCUGCAA